CACUGACAUUUAAAAAUGACAAAUCUAUGACAGCGAAGUCCGAAGUCGUAUCUUAACUGAGUAAAAGUAAAGAAUACUCGGUACAUACAUAAUUAUGUAUAUUACUUAAAAUUUCCAUUGUGUGUGAAUGAAGGUCAAUUUUUUUACGGUGAAAGUUAAGGGCUGCAUAGUUAUAUAAGCUAUAUUUAAGUUCAUUACUAAAGUAAGUUAUAUUCCACUUAAUAUUAUUCCCUUAUCUGUUGAAUCAUACAAAGAAAAUGUCUCGGCUCGAUAACAUUGAUUCGUUAGAAAAACAACUGGCGGAUCUUCAGAUGACUCAAGAGUUUAACACGCCAAACAAAACAAAGAAAAUACCGCCAGCCGUACCUCCAAAGAAGAAAGCCCAGCCUCAAGUACCACAUAGCGCAAUAGUCGGCACGUUACGUGAACCGUCCUACUCCGCGAAGCUGUCUCCAACUGCGAGCAAUAAUAAUGCAACAUAUGGUAAUUCCCUAACCAAUUUACAACCUAUACAUAAAGAUUAUGCUAAUGUGACCCAUUUGAACAUAUCUUCACCUGGCAGCCACAAUGCUAGACAUUCACCAUCCUUAAAGAAUUAUUCUACAUACAGUAACAUGCCAAUAUACAGAGGCAGUGAAGAGUUGAUUCCACCCCCACCACCACCACCACCACCAUCACUUCGCAUCUCACCAUCAAAGUCUUACAAUGCUAGCCUUAACACAGAAGAAUUUAUACCCCCACCUUCACCAGUCAGCUCAAACUACAGUGAACUUGUAAGAGCCACUGCAAACUUGAAUUUCAACCAGGAAAGGCCUAACUAUCCACCAAUAUAUCAAAAUGAGUUUCCUGAAUAUGGAAUAUCACAGGCUUCAACUUAUGAAUCAUUGUAUGAGCCUAUUAAUUUGAGAUCAGCCAGCAAUAUUUCAUCACACACUAAUAAUACAAUUCCUAAUUAUCAUAAUAAUAUGAAACCUAAUCCUAACAAAUCACCAUUACCAAAAGAGGAGGAAGUUGACUCAUUAACAAACCUUCUUGUUAAAUCAAUAUCUGACAGCCAAGAUUUAGAUGUCUUUGGAACUUGUGUCAAGUGUGGUGAAAGGAUUGUUGGAGAAAAUUCCGGUUGCACUGCAAUGGGAAACAUGUAUCAUGUGCAAUGCUUUUGUUGUUUCCAUUGCAAUGGAAAUUUACAAGGUAGACCUUUUUAUGCUGUGGACAACCAACCUUAUUGUGAAGUGGAUUACCAUGAAACUUUGGAGAAAUGUUGUGUGUGUAAAACACCAAUUCUAGAUAGAAUCUUACGAGCCACUGGCAAACCUUACCAUCCCAAUUGCUUCACUUGCGUUGAAUGUGGUAAGAGUCUGGAUGGUAUACCAUUUACUGUAGAUGCUAUGAACCAGAUUCAUUGUAUUGAGGAUUUCCACAAGAAGUUUGCGCCUCGUUGCUGUGUGUGCGAGCUUCCAAUAAUGCCAGAAGAAGGAGAAGAGGAAACUGUUAGAGUUGUGGCUUUGGAUCGCAGUUUUCAUGUCCGUUGUUAUCGUUGUGAAGAUUGCGGACUACUGUUGUCUUCUGAAGCAGAGGGUAGAGGAUGUUACCCUCUAGAUGACCAUAUUCUUUGUAAGACUUGCAACGCACAUCGCAUUAGAUUACUGACUAAUGUUAUGACUACGGACCUAUAAGCAUUUUCGAAUUUGAUAACUUCUACUAAUUUUUGAAUUUAGCAAUAAGUUGGGUAUUCCUAAUAAGCUUUUCUUGGUGCAUUUUAUAGCUUACUCUAUGUUUAUAAACUACUUAAAAUAAAAAUGUGAUUUUGAUAUUUUCUUAAGCAAUAUUUACAUAUUAAUAGAUAUUAAGGAAAGGUAAAUAUAUGUGUAUAUUUAUGUCAAUGCAGCUGAGAAAUAACGAAUGAGACUGUCGAGUAUUGCUGCCAAGUCAAGAAUGUAUGUUUAAUGAUAUGUUUAGAUUAAAAUAAUGUAUGUGAUAAUGGUUAU